AUGGACGAACACUUCCUAUCCACGGCACGGAUGGUGAUCGACAGCACGGGGAUCGUCUCCUCGCUGCAGGAGAGAACUGUGCUGUCGGCUCCCCAGAAACCAUGGGAAACGAAGGUGCAGAGCACGGCCAUACUCGUGGUGUCGUUGUUGAGCAUCCUCGGCGCUGGGUGGAUUGUCUUGAGUUUUUGUUUAUUCAAGCAAGUACGCACCUUCCGUCACCAGCUCAUUCUUGGGCUGGCGAUAUCCGAUUUCUGGAUGGCCGUCAACUUCCUGUCAUCAUGCGCCAUGAACAUAUCAGGCAGAUACCUCUCCGCGCCCGAGCAGAAGGGAUUUUGCAGCUUCAAUGGCUUCAUGACGCAGUUCUUCGUCGUUCAGACGGACUAUUGGGUCCUUCUCAUUGCUGUGUGCACAUUCCUGAUCCUGGGGAAUUAUAAACACGUGUCGUCGUGGAUCCAAGAGCAUCGAAUUGUGCUGUGGAGUGUACCGUGGGGACUCUCCGCUCUGUGGGCGGCGUUAGGGUUGGGGUUGGCGGGAUAUGGCGACAUUGGUGCUUGGUGCUGGUUCACGAGCGACAAGGUCCGCCUGCUCGUCAACUUUAUCCCACGAUGGAUCAUCAUUCUCAUCAUCCUGGCCCUAUACGCGAGGCUGUACCGCCUCAUAUACAAGGCCCACAACCGCUUCAUGUCGUUCAAUGACGAUACCACGCCACGGACGUUCGAGCACAACGAUGCAGAUGUCGAAUCCGUCACUGAACUUCACCACCAACACCGUCCCACAAACCCAUCCCCACUUUCACAGACCAAAUCACUGAACAUUAAUACCUCUUCCUCGAAUCACAUCAACAGCGGCAACACUGCAGCGGCAACAGGAGCGAUAGGUGGGCCAGGCCUCACGCACACGCGACGGCCGUCACCCCUCCUCAAGAAGACAGCCUACCAGAUGAUGUCGUACCCGCUGGUCUACAUGCUCAUCUGGACGAUCCCGACCACGAUCCGCAUCUAUCAGUCCGUGACGGGGAAGGCGGCUCCCUUCGGAAUCGCGACUACGGACAAGGCGUGCAUCGUUGUCCAGGGGUUCGCGGACGCCAUCAUCUACGGCGUAAGUGAAACGAGUCUCGGGGUUUGGAGGGAGAGGUUUGGUAGUGGUGCAGACAAGGGCGUCGGCAUCAUUGAGGGUAGAAGUGUCAGCGUCGGGGAUCGGGAUGUGGAAAUGGGGGAGAGGGAGAGCAAUGGCAAGACGAGGAAGAUGGAGGAUGUGGGAAUCGUGGUAGAUGUUAGGCAUGAGGUGACAGUUGAGAGGGUUGUUUCCGUUGGAUUGAGUGGGAGGGAGAGAACGAGGAAGGAGGUUUGGAAGGAUGGAAUUGUAUGAACCUAUUGUUCGUUCCUUUUGAUUCCUGCGAAAUAGAACUUCCAUAAGCCUAGUAUCCCAGGGUAGUGUACUACUCGGUGUG